AUGAUAAAGAGAUGUUACAAGGUGUUCGCAAAAAGGUGCGAGUCCUGCCCUAUCGCACCUUCACCAAGCACCACCAUCGCCACUAUCAAGCAUCAUCACCAGAAAGCGCUACAUCAACAAGCACCUUCACCAAGCACCACCACCGCCCCCAUCAAGCAUCACCACCAGAAAGCGCUACAUCAACCAGCACCUUCACCAAGCACCAACAUCGCCUCUAUCAAGCAUCACCACCAGAAAGCACUACAUCAACCAGCACCUUCACCAAGCACCACCACCGCCCCCAUCAAGCAUCACCACCAGAAAGCACUACAUCAGCAAGCACCUUCACCAAGCACCACCACCGCUGCUAUCAAGCAUCACCACCAGAAAGCACUACAUCAACCAGCACCUUCACCAAGCACCACCACCGCCCCCAUCAAGCAUCACCACCAGAAAGCACUACAUCAGCAAGCACCUUCACCAAGCACCACCACCGCUGCUAUCAAGCAUCACCACCAGAAAGCACUACAUCAACCAGCACUAUCACCAAGCACCACCACCGCCCCCAUCAAGCAUCACCACCAGAAAGCACUACAUCAACCAGCACCUUCACCAAGCACCACCAUCGCCUCUAUCAAGCAUCACCACCAGAAAGCAUUCCAUCAACCAGCACUAUCACCAAGCACCACCACCAUAAAGCAUCAUCACCAGAAAGCACCACACCACCCAGCACCUUCACCAAGCACCACCAUCGCCACUAUCAAGCAUCACCAACAAAAAGCACUCCAUCAACCAGCACCUUCACCAAGCACCACCACCCCCACCAUCAAGCAUCAUCACCAGAAAGCACCACACCACCCAGCACCUUUACCAAGCACCACCACCCCCACCAUCAAGCAUCACCACCAGAAAGCACCACACCACCCAGCACCUUCACCAAGCACCACCACCGCCCCCAUCAAUUAUCACCACCAGAAAGCACUGCAUCAACCAACACCUUCACCAAGCACCACCACCGCUACUAUCAAGCAUCAUCACCAGAAAGCACUGCAUCAACCAGCACCUUCACCAAGCACCGCCACCGCCACCAUCAAGCAUCAUCACCAGAAAGCACUACAUCAACCAGCACCUUCACCAAGCACCACCACCGCCACUAUCAAGCAUCACCACCAGAAAGCGCUACAUCAAUCACCACCUUCACCAAGCACCACCAUCGCCACUAUCAAGCAUCACCACCAGAAAGCAUUCCAUCAACCAGCACCUUCACCAAGCACCAACACCUUCAAGCAUCAUCACCAGAAAGCACCUUCACCAAGCACCAACAUCGCCACUAUCAAGCAUCACCACCAGAAAGCACUCCAUCAACCAGCACCUUCACCAAGCACCACCACCGCCACCAUCAAGCAUCAUCACCAGAAAGCACCACACCACCCAGCACCUUCACCAAGCACCACCACCGCCCCCAUCAAGUAUCACCACCAGAAAGCAUUCCAUCAACCAGCACUAUCACCAAGCACCACCACCAUAAAGCAUCAUCACCAGAAAGCACCACACCACCCAGCACCUUCACCAAGCACCACCAUCGCCACUAUCAAGCAUCACCAACAAAAAGCACUCCAUCAACCAGCACCUUCACCAAGCACCACCACCCCCACCAUCAAGCAUCAUCACCAGAAAGCACCACACCACCCAGCACCUUUACCAAGCACCACCACCCCCACCAUCAAGCAUCACCACCAGAAAGCACCACACCACCCAGCACCUUCACCAAGCACCACCACCGCCCCCAUCAAUUAUCACCACCAGAAAGCACUGCAUCAACCAACACCUUCACCAAGCACCACCACCGCUACUAUCAAGCAUCAUCACCAGAAAGCACUACAUCAACCAGCACCUUCACCAAGCACCGCCACCGCCACCAUCAAGCAUCAUCACCAGAAAGCACUACAUCAACCAGCACCUUCACCAAGCACCACCACCGCCACUAUCAAGCAUCACCACCAGAAAGCGCUACAUCAAUCACCACCUUCACCAAGCACCACCAUCGCCACUAUCAAGCAUCACCACCAGAAAGCAUUCCAUCAACCAGCACCUUCACCAAGCACCAACACCUUCAAGCAUCAUCACCAGAAAGCACCUUCACCAAGCACCAACAUCGCCACUAUCAAGCAUCACCACCAGAAAGCACUCCAUCAACCAGCACCUUCACCAAGCACCACCACCGCCACCAUCAAGCAUCAUCACCAGAAAGCACCACACCACCCAGCACCUUCACCAAGCACCACCACCGCCCCCAUCAAGUAUCACCACCAGAAAGCACUGCAUCAACCAGCACCUUUACCAAGCACUACCAUCGCCACUAUCAAGCAUCACCACCAGAAAGGACUACAUCAACCAGCACCUUCACCAAGCACCACCACCGCUACUAUCAAGCAUCACCACCAGAAAGCACUACAUCAACCAGCACCUUCACCAAGCACCACCUUCGCCACUAUCAAGCAUCAUCACCAGAAAGCGCUACAUCAACCAGCACCUUCACCAAGCACCACCACCGCCACUAUCAAGCAUCAUCAUCAGAAAGCGCUACAUCAACCAGCACCUUCACCAAGCUCCACCAUCGCCACUAUCAAGCAUCAUCAUCAGAAAGCAUUCCAUCAACCACCACUAUCACCAAGCACCACCACCAUCAAGCAUCAUCACCAGAAAGCACCACACCACCAAGCACCUUCACCAAGCACCACCAUCGCCACUAUCAAGCAUCACCACCAGAAAGCACUCCAUCAACCAGCACCUUCACCAAGCACCACCACCGCCAACAUCAAGCAUCAUCACCAGAAAGCACUACACCACCCAGCACCUUCACCAAGCACCACCACCGCCCCCAUCAAGUAUCACCACCAGAAAGCACUACAUCAACCAGCACCUUUACCUAGCACCACCAUCGCCACUUUCAAGCAUCACCACCUGAAAGCAUUACAUCAACCAGCACCUUCACCAAGCACCACCAUCGCCACUAUCAAACAUCGCCACCAGAAAGCACGACAAUACCACCAACCACCACAACCACCAAGCACCACCAAUCACCACAACCCAGUACCAACAAAAUGCGUCACAACCCAGGACCGCCAUGGAACACCACCAUCGCCAUCACCACCAUCACUAUCAAGAUGA